GACGCCAACAGAGGUGACUGUGCAUUGCUCAGGGAAAGCACUAUAGGUCUGCCAUCAUGUGCCUUUGUUGGAGUCUGAUGCUCUUUGCUUUGUGGGGAGCAGCUGUUUGUGAACAUUUCAAAGCUGAUAUAAACAUGGCAGGAGUGAUGGGAUGGGUGGAGUUUGAUUCCAGCUCAAAAACAGCUACUGUGAACCUGACUGGGGCUUGCAAACCAGUGAACAUCUCCCUGAAUGAGUUCCCUGUAAUGUAUGGCCACUCCUCAGAGCCCUGUCUGGAGUCCAACAUCGGGAAGAGGCUCUACCAGUUCAGCGCUCAUCAAUCCAUUGAUGAGAUCGACGUAUCAGACCUCUUUGAAGGAAGAACCGGCCUUGCUGAUCUGUCUGUAGUGGUGGAACCAUGCAGUGAUAACGACAAUAAAGCCUGUGCUGUUGUACGGAAAAAAAAUAGCAACAUCAGGACCUGGCAAGCCAAGUUCUUUUCAUCUGUGGCUGGAGAUUUGUACAUCCGUCAGAAUGAAGGAGAAGUAGCUGCAAGGAUUCUCUCUGAUCUGAUGAACAUCAGGAAGAGUGCCGGUGUAUCAGAAGUCAGUCUGUUUGUAAUACAGAAUGAGUCCUCUAGUUGCAAUUCUCUUGCUGGCUUGCUGGACAGCUUGAGCUUGACAUCACUUGGAAUGCUGAAAGUGGGUUCCCCUCAAAAUGCAACCAAGUCCAGACUGGAAGCUUCCCAGCUCAACACAGACAAACGCUUUGCUUUGAUCAGGUUUGAUAGGGAGUUUGGAUGCGCAGAAAUCAGAGAGGUAGAAGUAAAAAAUGUUGCGGCUCCCAUCAACAUGAAACAUAUGAGGGGAUCCAUUAGUUUUAGCCAAGCCUCUCCUUUUGAUAGUACAAAGAUUAUGGUGUCCCUUUCAAACCUAAAGAGCUUGGUGGGACCCUAUCACGUCCACCAAUUUCCCAUGCCACAAAGGAAGACUUCAGAAGAAAACCUUUGUCACAAUGACCAUGUGGGUGGGCACUGGAAUCCUUUUGACGUGGACACAAGAAAUCCUGAUUACCCCAAAGUUCCAGGAGCAACUCAUGACAUGUACGAGACAGGCGAUCUCAGUGGCAGGCAUGGGUCCAUGGCAGGUCAGGACAACUUCAAUUCCACAUUUACGGAUUGGAACUUGCCUCUGUUCGGGAGGAACAGCAUUGUCGGCCGUUCAGUGGUGAUUCACCAUCCAAAUAGUUCAAGGCUCCUUUGUGGGACAGUUGGCUAUCCAGGAAAUGUGAUGACGGCAGUGGCUGUCUUCAAAGGUCCUGUGGUUGGAAGGAUCAUGUUCAACCAGCUGAAGAGUAACCCGGAUUCAGACUUAACCCUUUUCUUGGAGCUCUCUUAUGGGAACUCACUGUCCCCUGCAACCAGUAACCACAACUGGCACGCCCAUGAGUACCCUAUCAGCUCGGAAAUAGACCUUGACACAGAUGUGUGUCAGAGUACAAAGGGGCAUUAUAAUCCAUUUAAAGUUGACACCAAUGAUAGCAAUUAUUACCCCAACUGCAACCCAGACAGCCCCUUUGCAUGUGAAGUGGGAGAUUUUUCCAGCAAGCACAUGGCAAUCAGCCUCACUUCUCUUGUAGGAACCGUACAAACCAAGUUCUUCUUCACUGACACCACUGCAGGGCUCUCUGGGAUCACCUCUGUUCUUGGAAGAUCAUUGGUGAUUCACGGGGCAAACAAGGCAAGCAGCAGAUUGUCUUGCGCAAAUAUCACUGCUCUGCGCUCGGCUUCAGCACAAACAGGGCCCUGGUUCGGGGCUGGGUCAUCCCAUGGCAAAGUACAGUUCUCACAAAGCUCAAACCUGGAGCCCACUGUGAUCAAAGUGUCUUUGACAGACUUACAAUCUGCAGCUGGGGGCUACCAUGUUCACAUACUGCCCCUGAGGAAGAGUUCUCUGGACAGAGACGCUUGCUCGAAUGAAAACAUUCUGGGUCAUUUCAAUCCUUUCUCUGUCAACCAAUCCUUAUCUCCUCCCCCUGCUACUGGCAGUUCGGAUCAGUAUGAGGUUGGUGACAUUAGUGGUAAAUUUGGACUUUUAACAACUCUAACCCAGAUGAAUGAACAGUAUAUAGAUAAUAACCUGCCGCUCUUUGGACCAGAUAGUAUCAUGGGACGCUCGCUGGUUAUUCAUUAUGGAGAUGGAAAAAGAAUGCAAUGUGCAGACAUCCUGCCUGAUAAGGCCUCAGAAGGGAGAUGGGUUCGAGCCAAGGCUGUCUUCAACAAUGCUGUCACGGGGACCAUUUCAAUGGCUCAGCAGACCUUUCCAGAUGGGAGCUCCAGUGAUACUAUUUUACAAGUGGAUUUACAAUCUACCCAGAGACUUAAUGUCACAGAAGCUGCUUGGUACAUUCACACCAACCGAUUACAGGACAAUGACACCACAUGUUCAGGCGUGGGAGACGACUACAACCCUUUCAAAAUGAACACUGGGGCUGGUUACAGCACUAACUGUUCUCCUGGUCACCCUCUGAGCUGCAUGGUUGGAGACAUGACAUCAAAACAAGGUCCUGUUAGUCUGGGAAGCCGGCAGCUGCUAACUGACACCAAUCUCCCACUGGCUGGGGAUUUCACUGUUGUAUACAGGUCAAUAGUCCUCAAGAGCAGUAGUGGAAUCGUGGACUGUGCAAGCAUCCUGCCGGACUCUCCUACUGCAUUGCUGACAUUCCCCAAAGUAAACUCCUUCAGCAGGUUUGAGUUCCGCAAUACAGUUGCCAGCAUUCUCAAGGUCCAGCCGUGGGAGGUCACUAUUUUACCAGGGGCUCCAUCUCUCAUCUACAAGGACAAAUGCCAGCAGGUCAACUUCUUUGUGUCAGGUGAUGUAAAUAUAACAAAGACAUUCCAACAUGAAGAGAAACUGGGAAAGUUCAGACAGUCCAAGCUGUGCUCUCCAGAUGAUCCCGAAGUUCCCAAUGCCAGCCAGUAUGUGAAGUGUCGAGGAUACCUGUUGACUCUGCUGGCCGCUGUUCCUCCAUUCAUCCUUUCUGUGAUGUUACUGUAACUCGCAGCCACUGAGAGGAUCACAGUGGCCUUCCAUGCAGCAUUCUCUUUGCCUCCAAGGAGCUGUUGACCUGAUGAUAAAACUCCAGUUACAGUACUCCAAUUACAAUGCAAACACAGAAAGCUUUAGUGAAGUGAAAUAAGGUGUAUCUGAAAAUUCCUUCAAAUGCGAGGGAGUUUUGAGGUGUCACUGAAACAGCCUAGCACACACCCAGAAUGUACUGCCCUAAUUACUGUCUGUACACUUACUUGUUUGCACUUUAUCUGCUCUAGAAAAACAAAUGCUGAAACAUUUCUGAGUAAUAAUAGGGUUAUGCAUUGAGGAAUAUUUUAUUUACAGGUCAUUAUAUAUAUGUUAUUUAGAACUUUAUUUUAGGCACUGCAUUAGUAUAAUAUGCAUAAAAAAUGAUUUAAAAUCUAAAUUUUGAUGUGGGAAUUAUCCCUUUAUAACAGGUAUAGAUUGAGGCUCUUACAUUCAGAUCACUAGAUGAACAUACAGUAUAAAAACUAGGAAAUAUUACAAAUCUGUAUUUAUUUAUUACAAAAUGUAUUUUAGUUAAUUAAGAAUGAACCAUUUAUUAGAUGAAUUAAGCCUUAUGUUGGUAGGUAUAAUGAAUAAAAAAGAAAAAUCCUGAGACCCCGAGUUCUUGAGUGUACAAAAAAAAAAAGAAGCUAUGAUGUACUUGAACUGUGUAAUUGAAGUGAUUCCUGUCAACCCUCGUUAACGUCCCUGUAAACUCGUGUCUUACUCAGGUGUGAUCAUGUUGCAAACCCGUAGAGCGCCUGGGAAUUCUGCUCCUGUAUCUGUGAAGUUAUUUAGACUUUAUGAUUGAAAGGAUACAUACUAUUAUUGAAUAAAUAUGAUUCAUGUG